UCUGGGCAGAUAUAAGAGGCGCUGGCGCGCGCGCGCUCCGGAGCUCCCGUCAGGCGCGCGCGAGCAGCAGAAGGAGCGCAUCCCAGUUCACUAAACCCUCAGCGGAUCACAGCACUUUCCCCCCUCUCUGCGUGACCUGGACGCGCCGGGAACCGACAUGUCGUCCUCCACAGACACGACGGCCACCGCGAAGAUCACUCCGGAGGUUCUCCGGGAACUCCUGCGGUACUACAACCUCUCCCGGCGGGAAUUCAUCCACACCUACAACAUCCAGCCUCUGGUCUACAUCCCGGAACUCCCGGCGCGAGCCAAGACCACGUUCGUCGUGAUGUACGUGAUCAUUUUCGCGCUGGCCCUGGUCGGGAACAGUUUGGUGGUGUACAUCGUGGUGCGUAAACGCGCGAUGCGCACCGCCACCAACAUCUUCAUCUGCUCUCUGGCGGUCAGCGACCUGCUCAUCACCUUCUUCUGCAUCCCCUUCACACUGCUGCAGAACAUCUCUUCCGAGUGGCUGGGAGGGGUUCUAGUAUGCAAGACCGUUCCUUUUGUACAGACCACAGCGAUCGUCACCGGCAUCCUCACCAUGACCUGCAUCGCCAUCGAGAGAUACCAGGGCAUCGUCUAUCCGCUCAAAAUGAAGAGGCAGUACACGCCCAAACGAGCCUACAGGAUGCUAGGGCUGGUGUGGAUCGCUGCUGUCAUGGUCGGAUCACCGAUGCUGUUCGUGCAACAGCUGGAGGUGAAGUACGACUUCCUGUACGAUCAUCAUCACGUAUGCUGUCAGGAGCGCUGGCAUUCACUGCUGCACCGUCAGCUUUACACCACCUUCAUGAUGGUGGCUCUGUUCCUGCUGCCGCUGGCCGCCAUGCUCUUCCUCUACAGCCGCAUCGGCAUCGAGCUCUGGAUCCGCAAGCGUGUGGGAGACUCCUCGGUCCUCAGCACCAUGAACCACAGAGAGAUCAACAAGAUCUCCAGAAAGAAGAAGCGCGCCGUCAAAAUGAUGAUCACCAUCGUCCUGCUGUUCACCAUCUGCUGGGCUCCGUUUCAUAUCGUGCACAUGCUGUUCGAGUACAACGAGCUGGAGAAGAACUACGACGAGGUGACGGUGAACAUGAUCAUCGCCGUGGUGCAGGCCAUCGGCUUCUCCAACUCCUUCAACAACCCCAUCGUCUACGCCUUCAUGAACGAGAACUUCAAGAAGAACUGUCUGGCGUACCUGAUGCGUCCCGUCCAGCAGAGCGGCGCCGUCCAGCGGCCUGACCUCAGCGUGCACUUCUCCAAACACCUCCGAACAGAGGCCUUCGGCAGGAGCCACGCCGGCCCUCGGAGGAACCCGGCGCUGACGUCUUCACAGGAUCUGGAGAUCUCCACGGCGUUCGCCGAGCACCACGUCAAGACCGCCGCCUCCCAGCUGCCCUCCGGCGGCUCCUGUGUCAAAUAAACUCAGAGCAGGCGGGUGAGAGCUUUACCCUGAUCUGAUGAAGACGAUCAUCGGCGCCGGACAACGUCCAUGAUCCAGAAGGAGACGUGCCGGAGACUGAGCUCGCUAAAUGAGAGUAAGGUUCAUCAUCCUGUCAGUGUUUACUCAGUCAUGAUGCUGCUCACGGGAGGAGGAAUUCUGCAUCUUCAGCUCCAUAAAACAACAGUUCACAAAUACAGCAAGCACUGAGCCUAAAGAGAUGCACAGAUGAAAAAAAAAAAAAAAA